AUGGAGAGGCAUAAAUGCAAGCUCUGUGUUAGAACUUUUCCAAAUGGAAGAGCUUUGGGUGGUCACAUGAAGGCCCACUUGGCAGCAACUCGGCAGCAACUCGGCGGGCUUGAUCGUAAUGAGUCAUUUUCAUCCUCGUAUUCUUCUUCCUCUGGUGAAGAAGAAGUAAAAGAAGAGCAAGAAAUCGUCAAGAACAGAGAAAUGGUUGAAGAGAAGUCUCUGGCUUAUGGAUUGAGAGAGAAUCCCAAGAAAAGUUUCAGGCUUGCAGAUCCUGAGUUCUCUUUUACUGUUGAUGCUGGGUCUGUUGUCGUGCAAGAUAGGGAGAGUGAGACCGAGUCAAGAAACCCAACUCGAAGACGAUCCAAGAGGAUCCGCAAAUCGUGUGGUUUUGGAGAUAAUCAGGAGCAGGAUAUUGAUGUCAACAAAGUAGUAGACUUGAAGCAUCCGAGUUGGGUCGAGUCAUCAUCACCAGCUGAGCCAGAACCGGUGAGUUCUGUUUCUGAUACCUCCCCUGAAGAAGAUGUUGCUAGGUGCCUUAUGAUGCUGUCAAGAGACGUUUGGAUGAGAAAUAUUGGAGAGGAGUAUGAAGAACAAGGCGGUAAAGAUGGGGAAAGGUCAGUUGAGAUGUUGGAGGAAGCAGAGGAGAUCAAAGUCAGCAAGAUUCGCGGGAAGUUCAGGUGUGAGAAAUGCAUGAAGCUGUUUCGAUCUUCAAGGGCAUUGUCUGGUCAUAAGAGGAUUUGCUCGUUAAAUGCAACAGAAGUAAGAAGAUUUGCUGGUAGUGCUGAUGCCAAUGACAGAAUUUUUGAGUGCCCAUAUUGUUUCAAGGUGUUUGGGUCUGGACAAGCACUAGGUGGACACAAAAGAUCACAUCUUAUAGGCUCUUCAACUAGUACUAGUGGUGUUGUCGAAGCAUCUACUAAACUUGAGAACAAUUUGAUAGAUCUUAACUUGCCUGCUCCAGUGGAAGAUGAUGAAUUUAGUGUGGUCUCUGAUGCAUGA